AGGGAGGAGAGUGGAACUGGCAGCAGUUGCAUCCUGAAGGGGUUAACGCCAGCUCCUGGGCACUCAGAGGUUAAUGGAGAAUAAAGACAUAAUUCUUCCUGGAAAAUCCCCGGCGCCGCAGACGCUGAUUCUGUGCGCGAGGAAUAAAGUUUAUUGAAGAAAAAAGCCGAGACCCUCCCCGUGUGCGGAGCGGCCCAGUCACUGCCAGCAGCAGGAUGGUGAUCAAGGUCUACACCGCCAGCUCCUCCGGCUCCACCGCGAUUAAGAAGCGGCAGCAGUUGGUGUGUGGUCUCCUCGCUGCCAUGAAGAUUGAUUACGAGGAGAAGGACAUCGCAUGCGACGAGGAGAACCGGCGAUGGAUGAGGGAGAACGUUCCGGAGAACUGCCGGCCUGCGAGCGGGAUCCCGCUGCCCCCCCAGAUCUUCAAUGACAAUCGCUACCUUGGGGACUACGACGCUUUCUUUGAUGCCCGAGAGAAUAACGAGGUGUACGCGUUCCUGGGCCUGACCCCCCCUCCGGGGUCCAAGGAAGCUUUGGCCAAGCAGAACGCGUGAAGCCGCCAUGUCUCGGCUCCGAGGUCUCCGACGCUUCGCUCCUAAUCUCUUCCUCCUCUCCACGCAGCAGUGAUUGGCUGUCCGGCCGACAUCAGCCCCGCCCCCACCCGGCAACAGCCGCCACCGCCUGUGCCAAAAUUAGAUGCCAACGAAAGUCAAAAUCGGGAGAAGGAUGAUUUUAACUUGUGGACUGUCGUCGUUCCAAUUCCCGCGGCGCCAUCCGGCGGUCAGAGCGGCAAAAUGAAGCGACCUCCCUGCUCCAAUAUCGUAUGUAGUAAUGUCUGAGCGUGAGGGCGGAGCUCUCCAGAUACAAGCCCCUCCCCCUACAGCACCGCCUCCCUCAGACAGGUGCCUUUAACAUGACGCUGUAACAGGACGGAAGAGGUGGCGGAACGAGAGGGACGCGGAGCCACAACGAGCUCCAGCGUCUAAGCACAAGGCCUUGUUAAAGAGACAGUCACCUGCUAUGAGAUCAGUGGGGUGACAUCAGGAGACGGGCCCCGGGCAGGUGUGUGACAUUAGAAUUCUCCCAGCACCCUGAUUGCUACCAGCCACGCUCGUCCUAGGAGAGGGCUCUGGCUUAUUUUGUUGGUGACUGUCUCUUUAAAUCUGCCGGUCCCUUCCAGUGAACUGCGACAAUCUUACCAUAAAGCUGCCAAAAAUCCCCGGUUCAUGUUAUUUCCAGCACAUUCCUAGCAUUGUAUAUGAGCGCCCCCUCCGCGGGCACUCGCAAUACAUUAUGUCCACAGGCUCCAAGAGCCACGGCCCACGCCCCGACCCACAGAGCUUACACUCUCUGGAUAGAGACAGGAUAGGAAAAAGUGUGAGAUUUAGAUAAUAUUGGCGCCACCUGGUGGAGGAACCAUUAUAUAUAAUAACUGCGCCACCUGGUGGAGGAACCAUUAUAUAUAAUAACUGCGCCACCUGGUGGAGGAACCAUUAUAUAUAAUAACUGCGCCACCUGGUGGAGGAACCAUUAUAUAUAAUAACUGCGCCACCUGGUGGAGGAACCAUUAUAUAUAAUAACGGCGCCACCUGGUGGAGGAACCAUUAUAUAUAAUAACGGCGCCACCUGGUGGAGGAACCAUUAUAUAUAAUAACGGCGCCACCUGGUGGAGGAACCAUUAUAUAUAAUAACUGCGCCACCUGGUGGAGGAACCAUUAUAUAUAAUAACUGCGCCACCUGGUGGAGGAACCAUUAUAUAUAAUAACUGCGCCACCUGGUGGAGGAACCAUUAUA